AACAUGAGUACAAACUUAGUGUUUUUUUGACUUGCAGAAAUUAUAACAAAGUAUAUGUUCGACAAUACAAAUAAAUUUUUUAAAUUAACUUAAAAAAAAACACCAGUUUUAUUUCAACAAUAAAGGAGUAUGAAAUAUACUUCAUAACAUAUAAUGCGAUAUUAGCUUUUGCUUGGUUUUGAAAAUGUGACGUCAUUUGUUUGAUAAAAAAUAAAGAUCCACAGAAAACAUGCCCAAUUGCUGUGUACCUGGUUGCAAAAAUUCAUCGUACAGAGGGUAUUUAAUGAGGAGUUUUCCAAAAGAUAAAACAAGAUGCGAAGAGUGGGUUAAAAAUAUUAAUAAGCCCAAUUGGACUCCUAACAGUGCUCAUCGUGUGUGCGAGGUACACUUUGCUCCAGAGAUGUGGGAAAAAAUGAGAGUUGAUGGAUCACGUAAAUUAAAAUGCAAUGCAGUGCCUACUGUUUUUGGUGAUGAUAUAACCAAUGAAAAACCAUCAAUGUCAGAAUUUGUGCCUCCACUCAAGAAUAAGAACAUCGACAAAAAUAGUUCUCCACCUGAAGAAAGGAAUUUGUUAAAAAACAUAAAUUUAAAUAAUCACACACUGAUAAAAAUUUUACCACCUCAUGUGAUAAACUCUACCUCGCCAUCAAUUGUUGUCCCCUUCAGUACCCAGUCAAUCAAUUCCACUGGUGCUAUCAUAGUUAAUACUAAAGGUAAAAUAGUCAACACAUCUGCACCUCCAACCAUUUCUAGUGGUGCGAGUCUCCUAAAACCCAUGGUAAAAACAACAAGUGUUCAAUCGUCUCCCAUGUUGAUUUCUACAAACGCCAGUAUUCUCAAAAAUCAAAUUAAAGCUGCGAGCAAUCAAACUCCAAUAAUAAUACCUGCCGCGGGUAGUAGUAUCCUCAAGCCACAAAUACAAAAUCAAAAUUUAUCAGCAACUCUGGUGCAUCCUCAGUCUAUGCUGAUUCCUUUGUCGGUGAGUGCUAUCAAUCAAAAAAGGGCUGAGGGUGUCAAUCAAAAGCCAUUUGUAAACAGUGGGAAUAAUCUUAUCGCGAUAAAACCUAAGCCGUUGAACAUUAAUACAUCUGCGACUCAAGCCAUUGUUAAUACAAGUGCCAGUGAAUCGAAAUCGGUGGAUGAAAGUGCUGGUGAGACGUCGACCACAACAGCAACAACAACUACAACAACGACAACGUCGAGAAGCAGCAUCAUUUUAAACAAAAUUGAAGCGCAAAAAAUGGAUGAAGAGCGCUUUGCUAAGAUGGACAAACUUUUAUUAAAACAGCUCAAGUUGAACAAUGCUCUGAGGAAAAAACUAGUGUUAAUGAAUCGCAGAAUGCAGGCUUUGGUGAAAGAGCAAAAUAAGAGUAAUUCAAAGUCAUUCUUGAAAGAUGUUUUCACGGAAGAUCAAGUGAGAGCCUUAGAGUUGAAGCAAAUGAACCCAAGAUCCAUAACAGCAUGGUCGCAAAAAACCAUGAUGAAAGCCCUAAGGCUCAAACAAGAGUGUGGCACGCGUGGAUACGAAGAAUUGUUAAAACAGCACAUGCCAAUUCCUUCUAUCCGGACCUUGAGCAGAUGGUGUGCCACGAAAGAAAUAGCAUUUCCUUGAAUUUUUUUUAACAUUGAAUUUUAAGUUUUUUUUAAACCAAGUACCUACCGUAGGUACUGCAAGUCUGAUA